AUGACUAGUGUUAAUGGUGAAGUGUCUUGCCAUGCUGUUUAUUGUAGGUAUAUAUAUAUAUAUUUGUUCUGUUUUUUUAACACACACAGUAUAUAUAUAUAUUUGUUCUGUUUUUUUAACACACACAGUAUAUAUAUAUAUUUGUUCUGUUUUUUUAACACACACAGUAUAUAUAUAUAUAUUUGUUCUGUUUUUUUUAACACACACAGUAUAUAUAUAUAUUUGUUCUGUUUUUUUAACACACACAGUAUAUAUAUAUAUUUGUUCUGUUUUUUUAACACACACAGUAUAUAUAUAUAUUUGUUCUGUUUUUUUAACACACACAGUAUAUAUAUAUAUUUGUUCUGUUUUUUUAACACACACAGUAUAUAUAUAUAUUUGUUCUGUUUUUUUAACACACACAGUAUAUAUAUAUAUUUGUUCUGUUUUUUUAACACACACAGUAUAUAUAUAUAUAUUUGUUCUGUUUUUUUAACACACACAGUAUAUAUAUAUAUUUGUUCUGUUUUUUUAACACACACAGUAUAUAUAUAUAUUUGUUCUGUUUUUUUAACACACACAGUAUAUAUAUAUAUAUUUGUUCUGUUUUUUUAA